GCUGCCGGUUUACACUCAGAGCUAUACCUGCAAUUGAGGGGGCCCUCCUGGGGAGAUAGCAGCUUGUCAGCAUGGCUCAAGAGUUUGUGAACAGCAGAAUCCACCCUGGGAAGGUGGUUGUGUUCAUCAAGCCCACCUGCCCCUACUGCAAAAAGACCGAAGAGAUCCUCUUUCAAUUGCCUUUCAAACAAGGGCUCGUGGAAUUUGUCGAUAUCACAGCCACCAACAACAUAAGUGCGAUUCAGGAUUAUCUCCAACAGCUCACAGGAGCAAGAACAGUACCUCGGGUUUUUCUAGGUAAAGAUUGUAUCGGUGGAUGCUCUGAUCUAAUAGCUUUGCAUCAGAGUGGAAAGUUGUUGAAGAGGCUAGAGGAUAUGGGGGUUCUACAAUAAUUACAGAGCCCCCUGGCUGAUGUCCCCUUGGGAGCUGGAUGGCAUCACAAAUGAUGACAGAUUUUCUGGUGGAUGGAUCUGGGACUAUUCUUUCCCGGCUACAGCAACUGUUUACUUAAAAUUCUGGAAUAUAUUAACCAAAAAAAAAAAGGGGGGGGGGUGGAUAUUUGGCAAAAAUGGCUUUUUUCUUUUGGAUCAUUAUUAAAAAGUGGACCAGCUUGCCCCAAAAAACAGGGCCAAGAAGGUUAAUGUACCAUACACUCUUGGGUUUCAUCUGGGCUGGCCUUUUGGGUUCUAAAAGACCAGAUUGAGUCCUGGCUUAGGAUUCACUCACUGACCAAAAGGUGUUCUUCCUUUUUGGCAUGUUUUUCCUACAAAGUGUUCUCCAUGUGCCGGCACUCCUCUACCUCUAAAACCAGUGUUUCUAACCAUGUUUAUCUCUGGCCCCCCAGGAUGAGUCUGUACUUGGUCUUCUGUGACUGCCCAGCAGCUGAAAUUAUUUCUCUGAUCUUGACCUUAUGGAGUUUGUACUAUGAAAUCAAUAGGCGUUUUGAAUGUGCUUUUUCAAACUAUGUGCAUCCCCCCCUUGCCAUCCCCACCACACCCCACCUUGAGAAUCAACACUCUGAACCAGUGUUCUCAACACUGACAACUCACAGAUCUCAUUGGAAGUGUUCAAUAAUUCUGUUCAGGGUCUGAGGACCCAAUGUGGGACACUCGGCCUGAAAAGUUAAGCACUGUUGGUCUUCACUUGGUACCAGAGGGGUCAGAGCACAGAUGCAGGUGCUGCAAUCAUGUGGCAAUACUCUUGCAUAAGAUGGUUGUCUAGAUAAUCCUGAACAAAUGUGUAUUAAUUUGAUUUAGGUUAUCAGCAAAAUUAAAUUAUAGAAGACUUGCAGCUCCCUCCCCUAAAAAAAACAAAAUCUGUGAAGAAGCCAAGGAGCCAAAUUUGAGAAACACUGUCUUGAAUGAUUCUUUCUCCCUUGCUUUUUUUUUUUUUUUUUUUUGACACUUAAUUCCUUACUGUGAGGUUUAAUUUUUCUGUUCUAGAAUUACAAGGUUAACUUAAUUUCCUUCUGUGGUCUCUAGUACAAAUAGUUGAUUUCUAA